CCUAUAGACCCUGGAGUCUUCAGGUCUGUCACACAGAUACGAAGGCUCAUAGACGAAGCUUCAGAACUGUCUGUUCGAGCCUCAUCCGGCCUGUCAGCUGCAGCGCUUGGGUCCAUGAGUCGCAACUCAGCUUUCAAUCAAAGCUCUUGGAGUUUGGCCCACUCCCUAGGCCUUGCAGGUGUAGCCGACAACAACGGACGGAACGUUGCCAUGUCGGCUAUGCGUGUUCACAGACUUCGAGCGUUGGCUGUACAGAAGCUCGCGGCGGCCUACAGAGCAGACGAGAUUGCUUCUAGCGUUAUGGUCAUGCAGGGCGGCAGUGUGUUUGAUGAUAUUGCCGAACGCGUGCUUAGGGCUGAUCCGAACGAUAUCGAUGCGCGUUACGUUCAUUUCUUCCACGAACGAAUUCCAUCCAGUCCUAGGCAGCUGGCCCAGUCCACGUCGACGACGGUGCUGGACAGCCUCAUAGCUGCCCAGCCGCACCGCCUUGAGUUUUUCCGCACUCGUGGGACAGUGCACUGUUUCCGCGACGAGUUCGCGCCAGCGAUCAAGGACUUCACACACGUCCUCCGGGAAGCACGUGCACAGCGCAAGGCGAGGAUGAUGCACCGUACCAACGGCAUUUCCAGCGAACAACGCGGCAGGGGCAAGAAGAAGAGAGGGAAGCAGGCCAAUUCUAGGACUAAUGGUCAGGCGCCUGCCAAUGGCACCAGCACGCCGCCUGAAGGACCGACUAUCGACGGGCCCGACGGGGAGCCUUUGCUGCUCCAUCCAUCGGUCCUUCCAGAUGCCCCAGAUCCUAUCGAACCACAGUGCCUCUUUUUGCGUGGCGCGGCUUAUCUCCAGCACGCCGUGUGCCUGAUCGAGCAGGCUAUUCUCGAGCUUGAAGGCAUCAAGAAGGAGCUUACUCCCGAAGGCGCUGAACUUAGGCUGUGCUAUCUCGAUGGUGGCAGAUAUGGCGGCGUUGAGAUUGGGAAUCCCGACGGACCCCUGGGAAGCAAAGACGGCGUGAAACUUAAGGCGUACCGCGAGGUGCUUACCAAUGAGGGUAUCAAAGAACAGGUUCUAGGCCUGGUCAAGAAGAGCAUACGUGACCACGAACGAUUCCUCUCUCACUUUGAUACUCUCGAGGGAGCCCCAAUUGAUCCUGCAGACGAUGUGGACUGGUCGACCAAAGUUGAGCACGCCUUCCUGUUGUCUCAAAGCUACCGUCCCGGUAGCCCGAAUCCGCCCCCACCGCCUCUUCAUCCUGACGCGCCAGUUAUGUUCACGACGUACCAUCCUCUGCUGGUCGAGUCUCACUUCAGCAUCCUCAUUGGCCAGAUCCUGCUCGGCGACUUCCCCUCUCUGGUUCCUUCCUUCUACCGUUCCGCCAUGCUAGUGGAUGGGCUCGAAGGCUAUCCCAUCUUCUUGCCCCCGCGCUCAAUGGCGCAAGCCGAGUUCAUCGAGAUCCUCGAACGCCUCGCGGGCGGUUGGCGGACGGGCGUGCAGCCGCAUUCGUUUAUGCGUUCCUCAAGCCUCGCGUUGGAGCUGCACUCGCGCUCGGCCAAGGCCAAGACCAAGGAGGCCGAACGCCCGCUGAUGAUUAUUGCGCCCGAGCCGAUCUCUGCCUGUACAUCGAGCUCAUUGAGCACGCUCGUCCUCGGUGUGAAUGGCUCGAGCUCGAGUACGGCGGUGCACCCGCCUAGUCCAUCGUCGGGCCGCGCGACGCCUCCGCGCGGCGUCGACCUCGCCGAAAGCCUCGACUUUGCGCGCAUGCUGCUCGUGCCGGUUGCGAGGGCUCAGAAGGAGCGUGACGAGAAAGUGGAGGCGGAGAAGGCGGCGGAGCGCAUGGCAGGCAAGGCGGCGAAGAAGCCGCUGAGCAUCAACAUCCCGCUCCAUGGCCCGCGCGUGGAGGUCGCCAUGGCCUGGCUCGGGGCAGUGCAUUUGCCGGACUUGGAGUCGGUUGCGUGAAGGAGCAGGGGAGCGAUCAAAGCUGUGAUCUUGUUUAGUUUGGGCUUGCUAUGCGCUACUUUUGAGUGCGCUAUGUCGUAUUGUAGAGGCUUUUUUAAGUUAUGUCUGUGGUCUGGACGUUCUUAGCUACUGUACAUGUCAUCUAGUCUCUCGGCCGUCAUUGACAUGCUAAAUACUAGGCCCC